UAUAAAAAGAUAAAAUAACUUACGUGAUAUUUUUAAAUAAUUUUAAUAACUAAAAAAUGAAACUAACAGGAAUUAAACGAACUUCUUCAAACACGAUCCUUCAUGUUGCUCGCACAUUCGUUUUGAUUUAAAUGACUGACAAAAGACAGGUUUGAUCACACACACACACACACAUAUGUACAUGCAAUAGAAAUACGUUCGAUAGAAACUAACAUACCUUUGAUAUAAUGCGAAACAUUGAAGGGUGGACGCGCUUGCGCAUUUGAUUAAAAUCGAACAACCCUUCUUAUCAUCCUCUCGCGUUCAGUUGAACCCUUGCUGUCAUUCAAACUCAAUCCUAUCGAUCUGAAUAAGACUGAGUAAUCGUUGAAUAGUUUUUUGUUUUCUAAGGUUAUGGAAAAAAGCAUGCAAAGGGAUGACAAAGGUUACGCGAUACGUCUUUGUCGAUUCGUGUUAAAGCCAAUUGGACUUUGGUCGAUGAUUUAUGGACAUGUGUCGCGUGCUGAAAAAAUUUUAUCGGUUGUAUUAGCUGUCACGUGUUUUUCGACAGUUUGUUUCGUCUUAUUACCAGCCGGUCUUUAUACAAUUUUAUACGAACACAAUAUAAAUGCAAAAUUAAAACUUUUCGGACCUGUCGGUUUUUGUUUAACGUCAACCAUCAAAUAUUGUUAUCUUGGAUUAAAAGGACAAGCUAUUGGACGUUGCAUCGAACAUGUUGAAAAUGAUUGGAAAAUGGUGCGCGAUCGGAAUCAUCGAACGAUUAUGAUCGAAUAUGCUACACUCGGUAGAAAUCUUACCGUUCUUUGCGCACUUUUUCUUUUCAGUGGUGGAAUGUCUUAUCAUACUGUUAUGACCUUAUCAUCUAGUACCAAAAUUAAUGAAACAUUUACAAUAAGACCACUCACUUAUCCUGGAUACGACAGGUACUUUGACGUACAGGCUAGUCCAACUUACGAAAUUGUUUUCUUUCUACAUUGCGUUUGUGCAAUGGUCAUGUACAGUAUCACUACAGCUGCUUGUUGUUUGGCUGCUACUUUUGUUACUCAUGCUUGUGGACAAAUACAAAUCGUUAUGACAAGGCUUAGUGAUCUUGUCGAAGGUAGGGAAAGCAGUGGUAUUGAAUUAAAUGAUCGACUUGUUAUUAUCGUUCGGGAUCACGUCAAAACUUUAAGGUAAAUCGAUUUGUAUAAAUGAUUUUGUCAUUUUAAAUUCACGAAAAUAUUUGUAAUAAAUCUGUGCACCUUUUUGAACGAUACGUAAAAAGAAUUCAACUAUUAAUGCAUCGUUAAACAAAUUUGUGAAAUAAAUUGUUUCAUUUUGUUAUAAAAAAUGGUUCACAAUUUUUUUCAGGUUUUCCGUACAAGUUGAAAAAGUUCUUCGAGAAGUAUGCUUGUUGGAAUUAGUAGCAUCAACAUUGAUCAUAUGUUUGCUCGAAUAUUAUUGUAUGACGGUAAAAAUGAUGAAUGAUGUAUGGAUGAUAAAAAAAAAAUUAUAUUGAAAAUAAUUUAUACUUUUAGGAAUGGGAAAAUAACGAUCCUAUUGCAACACUGACUUAUUUCAUACUGUUAAUUUCUUUUACUUUUAAUAUAUUUAUAUUUUGUUAUA